AUGCCUCCCAAGAGAAAAUCAACCGACUCCGCCGCUAGUGGCGCAAAGAAGCCCAAAGGCUCAACAACCAACCCUGAAGUAGACAUGGAAACCAAGCGCGCACUAGAUAAGCGAUGGGCCCCUGUUUCUGUAUCCCGUAACGCAGACUCGGAGUUCAGAUUGCAAACUCGCGACCCAGUCAAGGCUUAUGCUUAUGUUUGUCUGGGACGCGCGCCUUGGAACACGAGACAAAACGAUGAGUUCGAAGAUGAGUACGAGGAAGAUGAGGAGUCUAUAGAGCAGAAGAAGAAAGAAGAUGCGGAGGCGGAUAAUGCCACUACCCUCAAACCUGCUUCCGAGCAUCCAGGAGAGAAAUGGAUAUUCACGAACGCCGGCGUGGAGAAGUGGAUCACGCUGAAUCUGAGUACUACCGUGCGCAACCCGGAUAACUUUGAUAUGUAUAUCCACAAUGACUUCUUUGGAUAUGCCAUUAUGGAGCUGGUGGAGAACCUAUACGUGGAUUUUGAUGAGGCUGCUGGUGACUGGAAGAUGCAGUGGGCCAUCUGUGAAGCGACGGCGCUGUAUUUCCAAACGGAUGCUAUCAUGCCGAUGGUUGGCUGUGAAGACGGACCUACCGUGAAUUUGAUGUUUAUCGGCUUGGCCACAAUGUUCCUCAGUAUGCUUGCUACUCUGGAGCGAAAUGAUCUCUUCAAGCCGGACUCUGAAGUUAAGAACAUCGGGGCCAUUAUGGGUCUGUUCAUUCGCUUCAUGAUUGACGUCGAAUCAUCCGGUAUCACGUGGGAUCGCCAGUAUGCGGAUAUCGAGGCUUAUGCCGCUAAACACGAUAUCACAAUUCAUGGUUUGAACCACCCGCGCUACAAUAAGCCGCGUGGUGAGACGGCUGGGCUUCCCGAGGCUACGGCUAAUUCCGAUGAUCCCUGGGACUGGAAAAAGACAUUAGCAAAGCUGAAGAAGAACACCCGUGGGCGUAUGGGCGGUGAUUCGAAGGACAUCACGUCCUGGACUUCUGCGGAGCGCAAGAAGGUAUCUUUUGACAAGAAAGAUCCCAUUUCCCGGAGCAUGAUGACUCAGAUCAAGAAUGGUGGGAUCAUGCAGUUGGGUGGCUGA